AAUUGGCAUGGAACUGGAAGUAGCAGCCAUUUUAUAAUAAUUCAUCGCCAUUGAUAAAAAUAGGGAUUGCGUUGAAGCGCUACGAUUUUAAGCGUUAAAUAUAUAUCUUGGUAUUUUUAGAAAAUUAAAAAUAAAAAGCCAUGUCGGACGGAAAGAAGUUGGAAGAACUUCGAGUUAUAGAUUUACGUGCAGAAUUGGAAAAACGUAACCUAGAUAAAAGCGGCAUACGCAGCGUGCUUGUUCAGCGAUUGUCGAAGCACUUAGAAGAAGAAGGGCUCGACCCCGCAACCUACAAGUUCGAUUUGGGUGGCAAGACUCCAUCAAAAAGGACUCGACGAACAGAAAGUUCCUUGAAUGAAUCAACAGAAACUGAGGAAUCUGUCAUGGAAUCUAUAGACCAGGACACUGCGAACGAAGAAGAAAAAAUACAGCUAGAGGGUCAAGAAAAAGUGGAGAGUAUGGAAGUUGUGAACUCUGAAACGCCAAGUAGAAAACGGGAAAGCAAAGAUGAGCCUGAAGCCACAGAAGCAAAGAAACCGUGUCUUGACAAAGAUGAUAAACAACAGGAAGAUGAUCACAAAUGUGAAAACAACACAGAUGCUGAAGACAGUAUUAACUUAGACCUUGGAGAAGAUGAACUUCUUAAUGAAGAGACUGAUAACACAUCUAAAAACAACAAAGAUGAGGCGGCUGUGGAGGACAACACUGCAGCGGCGCCAGACACCGAGGCGACGCCUAAUGAAGAUGCAGCCGCCGACACUGCAGCUACAACUGAAAAUCAGCAAGUAACCUCCGAUGCAGCUGCCACUAGUAAUAAUGAUGAAGAUAAUAAAGAAAUUGAUACAAAAGAUGAGAAAGACAAAGAUAUUGAAGCUGAAAAGAAAGAUAAAAAGGAGGAACAAAAGGAAGGUGGAGCUAGAAAUUUGUGGGUUAGUGGUCUAUCAGGAGACACUCGAGCUAAGGACUUGAAACAACUAUGCAGCAAACAUGGAAAGGUAAUUGGAGCAAAAGUUGUUACUAAUGCUCGUACACCGGGUUCUCGUUGCUAUGGAUAUGUCACAAUGGCCAGCCCCCAGGAUGCUGAAAGUUGUAUUAAAAAUCUACACAGGACAGAAUUACAUGGUCGCAUGAUAUCUGUGGAGAAAGCGAAAUCUGAAUCAGAGUCUGCGUCUCGGCGACAAGCGGCCAUUCCUCGGGCACCAGAAAGGCGACCCAGCAAGGAGCUGAAAGAGGAAGCAAAGGAUACUGAGAUUCCGGAAGGCAAAGAAACAGCUGAAAAGACAGGAGAAAGUAAACCGAGGAAGGAUGAAGAUAUCUCAGGGCCCGAGAGCACGCGGUCCACGUCACGUACAAGGGAGAAGUCACAACGCUCCGAUAAGGACCGUGCUAGGCGAAGCACACGAAGCCGAGAACGCAGACGCUCGCCAAAGGAAGUACUCUCCUUUUCAAAAAUUUGGAAAGAACGCGACGAAGCUCGCGCUAGAGAUCGUUCCCGUGCCGCUCGGGAAGAGGAAAGGAGACGGCGUGCUGCGGAAGACGCUUUAAGAGAAAGAGAGAGGAGACAACGCGAGGAAAAGAGACGACUUGCCAUCGAGAGGGAGAAGCUUCGUUCUGAGAGGGAGAAAAUUGAACGUGAGAGGAACGAGUUAUUACGUUUAGAGAGAGAGAGACAUAGAUUGGAAAGAGAGAAAUUAGAGUUGGAGAGACUAGAAUUGAAAAGGGAACAGUUAAGGUUAGAAGAAGAGCGUCGCAAGCGUGGCUAUGAAGGCAGCAGCUACCGUAAGGCUGGAUCACCCCCAGAGCCGGCCUACGAGAGCAGGCACAAGAGACCUCCACCACCUCCUAUGGCUUCCCGUGGAGCUCAGUUUGAAGCGCCACCACCGCCCCGAUUUGAUAUGUCCUCGAAUUAUGACCGGAGUGACAAGAGGGAAAGGGAUAGAGAAUACAAGCGAGAUUAUACAAGACACGUGUCCUCUAGCAACAUGAAGUAUCCUAGUAAUGGCACAUCCAAUGAUGAUUCAAGGCAACCAAUGCCACCUGGAACACGACCCAAAGAACCGAGUCGUACAUAUGAAACACGUGACAGUCGUCAAUACCGGCCGUCGCCGCCUACCAAACCUGACGCUCGAACCUGGAACUCAUCGACGCGUUAUCCUGACGCUGCAGUAUCCUCCAAAGCUAGCGCUCCCAGCGAUGCAACAUGGCCCGCGAGCAAUGAUACCCGGUACAACGCGUAUGACACACGGUAUCCCGCUGCUUACCAACCACCUCCGCCCGGAGCUACUUACCCUGACCGAUACCCGCCCGCCGCCAGAGAGUAUGCGCGCAAGUACUAGGACAAUGGAUGGAUAAUUCAACAGAUUUCUUGUAUAGAAGACCCAUUACCAUUCCUGCAAGUACAACACUGGGUUGUAAAAUAUUUUUAACAAGUUUGUUAUGAAGUUAUAAUUAAGGUUUAUUAUAAGGUAGAGAUUACCAUAAUAUGUUUCUGGGGCUUUUAUGAUCCCGGUUUUUGUUUGUAAUAUAAAAAUAUGCACACUGUUUAGCUUGAAUAAAACAUUUCAAGUUUUAA